AUGUCUCUCGCCCGCUCGGGUUCAGCCCCACGCGACGGCAGCUCGGGGUCCGCAGGCGGCCACUCGCGUCCAUCCAGCGCGGAGCCCAGCGACCCCCUCUUUGCCAACCUCGACCCUUCCCUCCACCCAGCCACCCUCAACAGCGUCUCGAGCGACUCGCAGAAUCCCCUCACGAGCUUUGCUCAGCAUGUCCUGGAUGACGGCCGCAACGAGUUGUUUGGCGGUCUCAACGUCGGCGGCGACGAUGGCAGCCUCUUGAUGGGUGAAGCGCGUUUGGACACGCUUCUCGAGGCUGCACACAAGAGCGAACGCGAGCUGGAAGAGUCGGCCGCCGCAGCCGCAGCCGCGGCCGCAGCAGAUAACGACCAUGGCGACUUUACGUUUGAGAACAGCGCCCACAACCUCAGCAACGAACCAGCCGACGCCGCCAUGUCCGAGGACAACAGCGACCAGAACGGCAUGCGUAUGGGCCGCACGAUCGGCAGGGCCAAGCGACGUCGCGAGGACGAAGACAUUGUUGUUGGCCCCGUUGAGAACGGUGACCCAAUAGACCCCAUCAAGAUGAAGAAGGACAGCCACAAGGAGGUUGAGCGCCGCAGGCGAGAGAACAUCAACGAGGGUAUCAACGAGAUUGCCCGCCUCAUCCCCGGCGGCAUGGACAAGAUCGGCAAGGGACAGCUCCUGCGCCGUGCAGCUGAAUACAUUACCGAACUGUCCAACCGUAUGGGCCUGGUGGACGAGGAGAUACUCGGCAAGGAGCGCGAAAAGAACGAAGUCCAGGAGCAACUGGCCGAGGCGAAUGCGCGUCUUGAGGAAGAGCGCGAGCGGUCCAUCAAGUUUGAGUCGUCAUGGCAAAAGGCCGCCGACCAAUUGGCGACCCAGCAGUUUGAGCUUCAGCGUAUCAAGGGGGAGCUCGAGGACGCCAAGAAGCAGCUCGCAGACAAGGAGUAA